AUGUCUCGCAGUGAGCUAGAGAAGCCGCAGCUUCCUCUGCAACAACAUAUCACGCCGCAUCAGGCUGGGACCGCAGUCUCAGCAAAUACAACUUUCAGCACUGUGUUCUCAUCAGAGCUGAUCAUGUUGGCCGCUCUGACUCUGGCCUCCCUGAGUGUCCUUGUGUGGACGUCUGACCUCUGCCCCCCCGCCUGCCAGUGUGACAACAACCUGACCACUGUAACGUGUCAGGGAGGAGAACUGAUCGAGAUCCCUGAACUCCCAGGCAACACAGUGGAGCUCUUUGUUGCAUACAAUAAGAUACAGGAAGUACCCUGGAGUAGGCUGGGGAAUCUAGAGGUCCUGGACCUGACUGAGAAUCAGCUGAAUGACCACUUCUUCUUCAUUUUGCCCACUAUGGGGAGCCUCUCUAAACUCUUCCUACGCAACAACAGUAUACCGUAUCUCAAUGAACAUUGGUUUGGGAGAUUCCCUGCUCUUACCGUGCUGGACCUGAGUGAGAACAGGAUUUUGGCGCUAAAAUAUUGGCAUCUAUAUGGAUUAGCUAAACUGAAGACGUUAAAUCUGAGCUUCAACCAAAUUAGAGAUAUUGACUCCAAUGUAUUUCAUGGAAAUGCAGCCCUCACUGAAAUCUACCUAAGCAAUAAUAACAUAAUACUUAAAGGACGCUAUAUUUUUCAGAGCUGUCCAGUGUUGGAGGUACUAGUUCUAUCCAGAAAUGGAAUCUCAGACCUGGACAUGGGCAGCUUCAGAGGAGCUGGGCAUCUCCAAGACCUGGACCUGAGUGAUAACAGUCUGGAAACUGUUCCCUCGGAGGCACUGAGAGAAGUAAGCAAGCUCAAGAGGCUGCAUCUUCAGAAGAACCGGCUCACCGGCCUCGAGGAGAAGAGCUUCUCCACGCUGAGCUCUUUGGUUCAUUUGGACUUGAGCUACAACACACUGGUCCGUCUGUCAGAGGGAUCCCUGAGCGGUCUGAGCAGCCUGUGUGAGCUGGACCUCAGCGUCAACCACAUUGAUUCCCUACCCUCAAAAACCUUCACUGACCUGACCAGCCUUGUGUCCCUUGAUUUGUACAAGAACAGACUUCAGUCUCUUCCUCUGGGCCUGUUCAGUAACUUGAAGAACUUGCAGGAGCUGCAGCUGGAAGCCAAUCAGAUUUAUUUCAUACCGGUUGGGGUUUUUGAUUCGCUGUCCAAACUCAAGGAGCUGCAGCUUUCGAACAACAACAUCCAGGAACUCGAUCAAGCUCUGUUCACCAAGCUUAAGUCUCUGCAGAUCCUGUACGUAGAGAACAACUCUCUGAAGCAGCUUUCUCAAAGCCUUUUCCAAAAGAUGAGUAACCUGAAGGAGAUACACCUGGACAACAACCACAUCCAGACUCUACAUCCCUCAGUGUUUCAGGGUUUGGAGAGAGUGCAAACCCUGAGCCUCUCUGGUAAUCGUCUCUCCUCGAUACACCCAGAACAAUUCAGAGAGCUGGUCACUCUGAAGGAGCUGAAACUAAGUGGAAACCAAAUAUCUAACCUCUCUACAAGCCUGUUUAUGAAUCUAACUGAUCUGACAACCCUGGACCUGGACAGGAACCAGAUCUCUGAGCUGUCUCCUCAUGACUUCACAGGGUUGCCUCGUCUGAAAGAGCUCAAACUCAGCAACAAUCAGCUCAGUGACAUCCCCUCCAGCUGCUUCUCUCACCUCCAGAACCUGCGCAAGCUUCUCCUGAAGAACAACAGCCUGGAGAGUAUGCACACUCAGAUCUUUGCAGGACUUUCAAAGCUGAUAGAACUUGACUUGGAUGGGAAUAACCUGGAUCACCUGCACGCAGAUUUAUUCCAAGGCCUUAAAAAACUCCAGAAGUUAAGUUUGAAGUUUAACAAGCUUGCAGCAGUGGAGGACGGGACGUUUGAGCCACUAGGAAACCUGAAGGCUGUGUAUCUGUCAGGCAACUUGUGGGACUGCACCAGUGUACAAAUUCUCUACAUCAGCAGCUGGGUCAACGUGCACAGUGACAAGCUCGGAGACCAGCCCACCUGCUUCUAUUCUUUGUCAAAUUCAAUCUCAUCCUCAUCGUCUUUACCCUUCACUGAAGAGACGCCUCUCUCCCAGGCCGCUCUGUCUCCCCUCCUGCUACAGGACGAUGACGCAACGAGCGCUGCAAGCUGCUCGUUUCCUCCAGAAAUGCUGAUUCUGCUCGCAGCUCUUCUCUUAGCAGUUCUCUCACUGUGGCAUCCUCUGUAGUGGUUAUGUUGUGCUCACGAACCCUCUUUGAUUUCCUGCUUUGGCUCUUUUCAUGUCUGCUCUUGUUUUUUGAAUAUGUGCAUCAGAGUCUGGUACUUUAAGUGUAAUAUGUAAGCAAUCAAAUACUGUGCAAAUAACAGAACU